AUGUCCACAUACAACUACGGGGCUCACAAACUACAACAAUUCAAAGUAUGGAACUACAGCCCCCAAAAUAAACAUACCUAUAUCUAUAUUCAUGGUGGGGCAUGGCGUGAUCCCAACAAUACUUUUGAUGAAUUAUCCCCCGUCGCCAACUCCACACCUGGCUGUACAUUCAUAGGCAUCAAUUACCGGUUAUCACCUGAGGUCAAGCAUCCGUUCCAUUUAGUCGACAUCGCUAAAGCAAUGAUUUAUAUUCUCGCCAAUUUCAAAACCAACGAGAAACAUCUAUUAGGUUACUCAGUAGGAUCAACAUUGAUACUCCAAUUUUUACAAUUUAAAUUUCAUUUCAAUGAGGCAAUAAGCUACUAUGAGACAUACACCACUGAUGAGAAAAAUAUUGGAAACUUUAGCGAUUCAUUGGUUACGCAAGAAUUGCUAGCAUACGAAGAUGAAGAUCCAGUUUCCCAAUUGGAUAAACUAAUAACGCAGGGGCAACUAUACUUUAGCUCGAUUAAAUUCCUCGAUGGUAUUUAUGACUUGCCUGAAUUACUCCACGAGUAUCCCGAUUAUGCAUCAUUUGUUGAAGAAGCUUUCCCUAGUGACAAAUUAAUCAAGUUGAAUUCAGUAUCAAACGCGACAACCCGCGACAACUAUCUUGCAUUUUACAAUUAUAACAACAUUAUUGACGCCAACACCAAGAUUUACAUUGUUCAUUCGUUACAAGAUGAAUUGCUAUCAUUGAAUCAAACUCAUUUGCUUUGGAAGUUUUUCAAUGAGACUUUACACUCAGGUUGUAUCGUAUUGACAGGAAAUUGGGGUAAACACGAUGAUAUUUAUGGUGAAUUUCGUAAAGAAAUAUUCUUAUACAAAGAAGCAAAGUGA